AGAGCGUAACCUCACGCUCGCGAUAGCUUCAGUCAGCCUGCUGUGCGUGUCCCUGGUGUGUCUGGAGUGCCGCUUCUUGCUGUGAUCCUGCAACCGAAACAUGCUGACUUUUGCUCUGAGACAACUCACGCGGCCACUGUGCCAGCGGGCACCUGUCCGCCUCAGUGUGCGUCUGCAGCAAUCCCACGCUGCCACCCGCACCGCGGAUGAAGAUCGCUCCUGGACCGGUCAGGAGAGCCUGGGCGAGGAUGACCCUGAGAUGUGGGCCCUCCUGCAGAAGGAGAAGGACCGGCAGUGUCGGGGUUUGGAGCUCAUUGCUUCUGAGAAUUUCUGCAGUCGAGCCGCUCUGGAAGCUCAGGGCUCCUGUCUGAACAACAAAUACUCUGAAGGUUACCCGGGGAGAAGAUACUAUGGUGGAGCAGAGGUGGUUGACCAGAUUGAGCUUCUUUGUCAAAAGCGAGCUCUGGAAGCCUUUGACCUGGACCCGGAGAAGUGGGGCAUCAACGUCCAGCCGUACUCUGGUUCUCCUGCCAACUUUGCAGCCUACACAGCCGUUCUGAAGCCCCACGACCGAAUCAUGGGGCUGGACCUUCCUGAUGGAGGACAUCUAACCCACGGAUACAUGUCUGAUGUUAAGAGGAUCUCUGCAACAUCCAUCUAUUUUGAAUCCAUGCCUUACAAGUUAAAUCCUGCAACAGGACUCAUCGACUACGACCAGAUGGAGAUGAUGGCCAAGCUGUUUCGGCCCAAGCUGAUCAUCGCUGGCACCAGUGCCUAUGCCCGCCUCAUUGACUAUGCCCGCAUCAAGAAGCUCUGCACUGAUAUUAACGCCUACUUGCUCGCUGACAUGGCUCACAUCAGUGGCCUGGUGGCAGCCAAAGCUGUCCCCUCCCCCUUUGACCACGCCGACCUGGUCACCUCCACCACACACAAGUCCCUCAGAGGAGUCAGAGCUGGACUCAUCUUCUACCGCAAAGGGGUGCGCUCAGUGGACAAGAAAGGGAAGGAAAUCCCGUACGACCUGGAGGACAGGGUCAACUUCUCCGUGUUCCCCUCCCUGCAGGGCGGACCUCAUAACCACGCCAUCGCUGGUGUGGCCGUGGCACUCAGACAGGCUCAGUCUCCCAUGUUCCGGGAGUACAUCGCUCAAGUCCUGAAGAACGCCAAGGCCAUGGCUGCUGCUCUUCUAGACAAAGGCUACACACUCGUUUCAGGUGGGACAGACAAUCAUCUGGUUCUGGUGGACCUGCGGCCCAAAGGCAUCGACGGCGCCCGGGCUGAGAGGGUGCUGGAGCUGGCGUCAAUCACUGCCAACAAGAACACCUGCCCAGGAGACAAGAGCGCCCUGACCCCCGGGGGCCUCCGGCUCGGGGCUCCAGCUCUGACCUCCCGACAGUUCAAAGAAGAUGAUUUUGUACAAGUUGUGGACUUCCUAGACGAGGGUUUCAAAAUUGCUUUGGAUGUCAAGAAGAAGACAGGAAAGCUUCAAGAUUUCAAGAACUUCCUCCUUCAGGAUCCAGAGACAGUAGCUCGCAUUGCAGACCUGCGACUUCGAGUUGAAGCCUUCGCCAGGCCGUUCCCCAUGCCGGGCUUUCACGACCAUUAGACGGGCGCACUGAGUCUUGAUUUUAGGGGGCUGACAGCUGUCAAGGCAGAUGUGAAGAAAUAUCAGAAAAAUGCUGUUUAUACCCCUGAAGUUUGAGGAUUUGAGAAUCAGGUUUUGUUUUAACUUUCUGUCACUAUCAGAGUAUCUCUGCAGUACAGUCAGCAUCUUGAGGUAAAGACACGAUGAAAGGAAGAUGAACCGGUUUUGUUAAACAGAUGAAAACACCCAUGAGGGACAUUGGCAGUUCAAGCAGAGACAAACACCUUGUUAGUUUACAAUAUGUUUGUCUUAUUCAGUGAAGAGUCUUAACUAACAUCACUAAUAUGUUGUCCCCUUUUUUUUUUUUUCAUUUUCUGAUUGUGAAGCCAAACAGAAAUCGGCUUCAUGAAGUGAGGAACGACGGUCAGUGUUAGAGGGAUCCUGGUUUUAGUUUUUGAAUAUUCACUCAAAAUAUUUUUGUAAGAAGAACUUUUAUUUAGAAAGGACUUGAGCCAAUUCUUUCUACAGUAGAAAAGUCAAAGUUAGACUCUACAAAACAUGAACUAAUAAAUAUAUUUUACAUGAUAAUAAAGUAACACUACAGUUUGUUUUCAGAUUGUUGAAGUUGAAUUUAAUCUAAAUGAAUGUGGGAUAGUGUCAUAUUGCAUCACAAUUUCCUGUUUCCUGUAAUUUAUUUCUUUCAGCAAAUUCUUCUAAAAAUAAAAAAAAACUUUGUAUUUUGCAAAAAAGUUGGUACUCAAAUGGAGCUCCGAAACUAUCGCCUUUUAACAUUUCCUGCUUUUUUUUAAUUCUGCAAAGUGUUAACUUUUCUGUGUAUUUUUGAGUAACUGACAUGUUUGUUAUUUAGUUUACAUUUUCUCGCUGAUUUGUUAUACAAGAAAACAUUUAUUCUCUAUUUUUUUUCAGAUUUAAAGUUCAACUUCUGUUUUUUCUUCAAACAUCUUGAAGAAAACAUAUCAGUUUGUGACAUAUUUCAAAGCACAAAGGAGAAACAAGCUCAUUUUGGUUUUACUUGUCUGUGAAUCAUUUCAGAAACAAUUGUCUGAACUAUUAUUUUCCAAUCAUGGUUUUGCCAAAACAUUACAUAACAGUAUUUUCUGUAGUUUUUUUUAUUUUUUUAUUUACUACCAUCAUCAUCAUCAUCAUCAUCAUCUGCUGUUGCACAGUGAAGCAGUUUGGAACUAACUUAAGUUUACAGAGUUUGAAAUGACUUUUAUUAUCACUGUUCUAAUAAAAGUUGAUUACUUGCACACAG